UUUUAAUAUCGAAUAAAUAAUUUAAAAAUGAAUUUAGGCACCCAUGAAAACGAAGUCGUCCUUGACGCUGAGAGUUACUUGCGUGAACACAAGAUUCUAGACUUGUUCGAGGAUCUCCUCACUAUUGUCUGCCACAAGCAGCCAGAGAAUUUGGAACAAUUCCUUGUCGAUGUCUUAAAGCAGAGGAAAGAACACGGAUCUCGUUCAAUAGUCUAUAAUGAAGCUGAAUUACAAAAUAUUUUCCUUUUAUUUGACUUAAAAUCUGAGGGUCACAUCAGCAAAGAGCAGUGUAAAGAGGCUUUGAAGACAUUAGCUAACUCUGAAUUCCACUUCAAGCAGACAGACUCAGAUUCCAUCCCUGAUAAGGUCGAUCUAUUCACAUUUAUCAAGCUAUGAGAUGAAUUAUUGGGUAUCAGACCGAGAUAAAUAAAAUUCAAACUUUCAAUGGG